CAACGUUAUUAAAACAAAAGUUGAGGCUAGUUUGGAGUGGUGGCAUGCAUAAAAGGGGUGUCUCUGAAUUCAACUUGAAAUCAGGCAGCAAAUUCCUUCUCUCUUGGAGUGAGCACAGUACUGAAUCAAGAAAUGGGGAGCACUGCUCUAUCGGUGAUGUUGUUCUUAGUUGCUGCUGCUUGCCACCAUGCUUUUGCCUUCAGAGAUGGGCUGUUGGACAAUGGCAACUUUGAAAUGGCCCCAUCUGCCUCUAGCCUCAAUGGCUCCAUUGUGCUCAAGCCCCACGCAAUACCGAGAUGGCAGAUCUCCGGCUUCGUUGAGUACAUCAAGGCAGGGCAGAAGCAGGGUGACAUGCUGCUGGUGGUCCCGGAGGGGUAUGCUGCAGUGAGGCUGGGGAACGAGGCCUCGAUCAAGCAAGUGAUCAAUGUCACAAAGGGGAUGUACUACUCGCUAACGUUUAGCGCUGCCCGAACCUGUGCUCAGGAGGAGAGGGUGAACGUGUCUGUGGCGCCCGACUUUGGUGUCCUGCCAAUCCAGACAUUGUACAGCAGCAAUGGCUGGGACUCGUAUGCGUGGGCGUUCAAGACAAAUUACACGGUGGCUGAGAUCCUCAUCCACAACCCGGGGGUUGAGGAGGACCCGGCCUGUGGACCUCUCAUUGAUUCAAUAGCUAUUCGAGCUUUAUACCCUCCGAGGCCAACAAACCAGAACCUGCUUAAAAAUGGUGACUUUGAAGAAGGUGCCUACAUAUUCCCCAACACAAGCUGGGGAGUCCUAAUCCCGCCAAACAUAGAGGACGAAAACUCCCCCCUCCCGGCCUGGAUGGUCGAGUCCCUCAAGGCCGUGAAGUACAUUGACUCGGCUCACUUCUCCGUCCCACAAGGCCAGAGGGCUAUAGAGCUCGUGGGGGGCAAGGAGAGCGCCAUCGCGCAAGUGGCCAGGACCACCGUUGGCAAGACCUACCAGCUGACCUUCGCGGUUGGGGAUGCCAGCAACGCCUGCGAGGGGUCCAUGAUUGUUGAGGCGUUCGCUGGGAGGGACACGCUCAAGGUCCCCUACGAGUCCAAGGGGAAGGGAGGAUACAAGCGCGCUGUGAUGAGUUUCGUUGCAACCACUGCUCGCACCCGGAUCAUGUUCCUCAGCACCUACUACCACAUGAGGACCGACGACUACGCCUCCCUCUGCGGCCCUGUGGUGGACGACGUGAAGCUGCUCAGCGUCCGCAAGCCAAGGCGGCUCGCCUGAGGCCCCAGGGAGGGGUGAUGGAGCAAGUGCUGGGAUAUACUGAGGGUAGUAUUUCUUGUUGCUACAAUGGCUGGCUGCUGAUUUUUUUUCUCUCUCUUUUUUAAUUUUGAUUUGGUGCUACUUUUAUCAAUACUCAGCCUCAGCCAGAUUCUAUGUUUUUAAGGUGUAACAGUAUAUAUAGAGGAGUGUGAUUUGAUUUUCAGGUGUAAUAUCAAGCCCAAUAAAUGGGAAAGGAUAUAUGGUGGGAAGAGAGUGAUGUGGUUUUAUCAUUUUGCCAUGGAUAUAUAUCUGUUUGUCUUAAUAAGAAUCAAAUGAUGAGCCAAUACAAUACAUAUAUAAUGUUCUUUGAUGUUUAAAA